CAGCCUCUGCGAUAAUCCAUAUCUACGUCUCGACUUACUAGUACUUGUCAUCCGAAUGCCUGCGGGACAUCAAGCUCUCAUUCGUCUGGGGGGCAAACCGGCUGUCGGUCUCUUCGUGUUCACCUUGCUCGCGUUCGUCGCGGAGACACAACUCUCGCAGUAUGUGCAAGCAGAUCUGGGAUUCCGACAACCGUUCCUCAUUUUCUAUAUCGUUCACUCGUCUUUCGCGUUAUUAUUCCCCCUUCACCUCUUCUAUCUCUGUGUAUUCUCUCAGUACUCCCUGGAUUCGCUCUGGAUAAGCGUGCUUGAUGCCGUACGAAGACAUCUCGCCCCGCGGGCAGCAUCUAGCACUGCUGCUAAACCUGCCUUUCCGACGGGGAGAUUUUACCGCCUUCUAGCUUACCUGACAACUGGUUUGACCCUGCCUGGCCUCAUGUGGUUCAUUGCUGUCACUUUAGCACCUGUUACCGACGUCACUGCGCUAUGGAACACAAAUGCAUUCUUCGCAUAUGUUCUCACCGUCCUCAUAACUCGCAGUAAAUGGGAGCCGCGCCGUCUGGCCGCCGUUCUUAUCGCUACCGGUGGCGUACUGGCGGUCGUAUACGGAGGCACCACCGUCGAAGCGGGCACCUCUGACAUUGGCGCAGAGCAAUCAGCGGAAGCAGAACCGCGAAGGCAUCGUGCCGCUCCUCUCGUGGGCGACCUGUUAACUCUGGCAGCAUCUAUCAUAUACGCGGCCUACCAGGUUCUCUACAAGAUCUACGCCGCGCUCCCAGACGACCCAGAAGUGCAGGCCGACCUAUAUACACCGAUACCAGAGGCAGACUCGCCAGGUGAAGAUGAGGAGGUUCCACUCGAAGCCCCACUUCUGGUCGCCGACGACAUCAUUCAUCCCCUCCCCUUUGGCUUAUAUCCGAACUUCCUCACCUCAGCCAUCGGCGUCUGCACCAUGCUGGUCUUGUGGAUACCCAUCCCGAUCAUUCACGCCCUCGACAUUGAGCCCUUCGAGAUGCCGCGGACGGGGGCCACGUAUGGCGUUAUCGCUGGUAUUGCGUUGACUGGGGCAAUCUUCAAUGCAGGCUUCAUGGUUCUGCUCGGGGUCUGGGGCCCCAUCGUCACGUCGGUCGGGAGCCUUCUCACCAUCGUGCUCGUGUUCGUGUCCGACGCGAUCUUUGGCGGGGCGGUCGAAGCUGUCACGAUCUGGAGUGUCCUCGGAUGCGGGUCGAUUGUCGCGGCGUUCGCCAUCCUGGCGUAUGAUCUGGCAAAGAGGAGGUAGCGCAUGGACGAGUGAUUGAGAGCUAGCGCAUCGUAGAACAUACAUCUUGAACGCGCGUAUACUAGAGGACUUCGUGAUGCCAGGAGUGUAUACAUCAAGAACUAGAUCUGUUU